AUGAACUCUCUGAACAGGCUCUCGGCGCGAGUGUCUCCACCGCAGACUCCUUUACCCUCGAGGAGUAACUCAUACGGGAACAUAUUCUCUUCUGCGAGUGGGUCGGAGUCAAAGAGGAACUCGCAGGAGGACUUAGUUGACGAGAAAUCUGGGUACCUGCGAGAUGCUACAACAGCCGGCUCAGCCGGUGGUGGACAUGUCGAUGAAGAUACAACGCUCUUAGAGAAAGAGGAAUCCGAAAAUAAAGAUCAGGAGGGUAUAGGAUGGCGCCUCACCCCUCAACGAAUCUCGGCCGUUUUUAUCGAAUCAAUCCGCUGGCUUCUUUCCACAAUAGCUGCGCCAGGUGUGUACCUCAUAGCAUGUCUCUAUGACGAACGGGGAAGCUUUGCGCCCUUCUCUCGGAUGCGAAAAAUGGGAUCAAGGCCUGCCUCUACUGCGCAAGCGCUGGGAAUCACUUCUUCGGAUGAGGGGUAUUCUGGCGGUAACCAAAAUGGUGGUAAGAGCGCAAGUGGGAAGGGGACAACAGCGAAAGGGAAGGGCUUCUUGUCGAACUCAUCCUCCUCAGGCCUUUCGUCUGAGUCUGAGUCAGACCGUGAUCAAUUCAUGAGCGAAGCAGAACUGGGCGUGUCUUCUAGUAGUGCUCGUCAUGCACGCUCGAAAUCGUUAAAAACCGCAGAUGAGAUUGCCCCUGCAAGAAGAUCUAUCCGCAUCAAGCUCCAUAAUGAAGAUAGUUUGCGGCAUCGGAAGCAUCGAACGACACAAUCAACAAGUACACAGAGCAAUGGAUCCGGUGCUAUUGCCGGGGAGAUUUCACCUGCGACUCUCAAGUCUCCUACGUCCCCAGCCUCUUCUCUCCUAAUGACCAAAUAUCCUCGUGCUCCAGCGCCGCCUAGGCCUCUCAUUCCCCGCCGUCAGCCAUCUUACACACUCUCAGAUAUGCCUAGCAUGAAAAAUUUCCAGAAGACCCUGAUUCUUGACCUUGACGAAACGUUGAUUCAUAGCAUGGCAAAGGGAGGGCGGAUGAGUACUGGCCAUAUGGUCGAAGUUAAGCUCAACACGGUUGUUGGUGCUGGUGAGAACGCCGUUCCCGGCCCUCAGCACCCGAUUCUCUACUACGUUCACAAGAGACCACACUGUGACGACUUUCUACGACGAAUUUGUAAGUGGUACAACCUGGUCAUUUUCACAGCGUCUGUUCAGGAAUACGCAGACCCUGUCAUAGACUUCCUAGAAACGGAACGCAAAUUUUUCUCUGGUCGAUUUUAUCGACAGCAUUGUACAUACCGCCACGGCUCUUUCAUAAAGGAUUUGAGCUCUGUGGAACCGGAUCUGAGCAAGGUCAUGAUCCUGGAUAAUAGCCCUCUCAGCUAUAUGUUUCAUCAAGACAACGCGAUACCCAUAGAAGGUUGGAUCAGUGAUCCGACGGACAAUGAUCUUAUGCAUCUAAUACCGUUAUUGGAGGGCUUGCAGUACGUCACUGAUGCCAAUUCGACCGGUAGCGGAAUUGUCAAGGCGCAAGUCGUUGACAAUGUGCCCAAGAAAUUUUCGUCACUCAAAUUUGGUAUCCAAUCCAAUACUCAAAUCGUCAAUCAAGCAGUCCUCGAAGUCUCGAAUACCCUGCUUUACGAUGUCGAAAAGAUGCGGAAACCCAUGCCCAAUGGGCCCUUGGAUCCCAGACUAGGAACCUCGAGCAAGAAUGGAACUUGCGGGACUUGCGGCGAUAUUCUGGCGAAUUGCAAUGGUCACUUUGGUCAUAUUAGAUUGGCUUUGCCGGUCUUCCACAUUGGGUACCUGAAGUUGACUAUGAAAUUUCUGCAGGAAAUCUGCAAGGAAUGUGCUCGUGUUCUUCUCACCGAUACCGAACGACGAAGCUUCCUUCAACGACUUCGAAAACCUGGGAUCGAUAAUCUGGAACGUACAAGGAUUUGCAAGAAGAUCAACGAGCAAUGUCGCAAGGCUAGAACAUGCCCUUAUUGCGAUGCGGUUAAUGGACAGAUCCGGAAGGUCGGAAUUGUCAAGUUAGCCCACGACAAAUAUCAAGCAUUCAACAAAUCUACUGCCCAGAAGAAGGUCCCCCCGCCAUCCUUGCUUACAUACCAAAAGUCAUUCGAGGAGGCGAAGAAGGCAAAUCCGGAGCUAGAGAAGCACAUGAAGAAGGCUAUGGAUGAUCUCAACGCACUGAGAGUUUUGAAUCUAUUUAAGAUGAUCACACCUAGUGACUGCGAGCUUCUUGGUCUCAAUCCCUUGGAGGGGAGACCUGAAAUGUUCAUCUGGCAGUUUGUCCCGGCCCCACCAAUCUGCAUUCGACCAUCUGUUGCCCAAGAGAAUGCAAGCACUGAAGAUGAUCUCACUACAAAGCUCGGAGAAAUAGUCCAGGUCAGCUCCUUGAUUCGAGCAGCUCUGCAACGAGGACAACCAAUCCAGACCAUCGUGGAGCAAUGGGAUUUCCUCCAAACAGCAAUUGCUCUAUACGUGAAUAGCGAUGUUCCUGGUCUCCAAGAUAAGGGCAACGGAAAACCAAUGCGGGGAUUCUGCCAGCGUCUGAAAGGAAAGCAAGGUCGAUUCAGGGGAAACUUGUCAGGAAAGCGUGUGGACUUUUCGGCGCGAACAGUCAUUUCUCCAGAUCCAAAUCUUGGCAUUGAUCAAGUAGCUGUACCCAUCUUGGUUGCUAUGAACAUGACCUACCCGGAGCGUGCCCAGAAGAACAAUAUCGAAAAGUUACGGCGGCUUGUUAGAAAUGGCCCUUCGAAGCAUCCAGGUGCUCAGCAGAUCAUAAAGAAGGGCUCGGAUCACAAAAUUUCGCUGAAGUUUGCUCGCCGGGAAAUCGAAGCUCAGCAUCUGAAAAUUGGUGAUGUGGUUGAGAGACAUCUGGAGGACGGCGAUAUAAUCUUGUUCAACCGACAGCCUUCACUUCACAAGCUAAGUAUCAUGAGCCAUUAUGCCAAGAUCAGACCCUGGAGAACCUUUCGGCUGAACGAGUGUGUGUGUAAUCCUUACAACGCCGAUUUCGAUGGCGACGAAAUGAACUUGCACGUCCCCCAGACUGAGGAGGCCCGGACAGAAGCUAUUAACCUCAUGGGAGUGAAGAACAACCUCUCUACGCCGAAGAACGGAGAGCCGAUCAUUUCAGCAACCCAGGAUUUUAUCACUGCUGCUUACCUAUUAAGCAGCAAGGAGAAUUUCUUUGACCGCAAAACCUUUACGAACCUCUGCAUGUACAUGGUCGAUGGUAAUACCCACCUCGAUGUGCCUCCUCCCGCUAUCAUCAAGCCGCAAGCACUCUGGACCGGGAAGCAGGUCUUCAGCGCUCUGAUGCGCCCAAACAAGAAAUCUCCUGUGAAGGUCAAUCUAGAUGCGAAAUGCCGAGACUACCAAUUCGUACCAGGACAGUGUCCCGACAUGGAUAUAAACGAUGGUUGGUUGGUAGUCCGCAAUUCAGAAGUUAUGUGCGGCAGAAUGGACAAAACCACUGUUGGAUCCGGAAAGAAGGACUCGAUAUUUUAUAUAAUUCUCCGAGAUUUUGGUCCCGACGAAGCUGUUCUAGCCAUGAAUAGACUCUCCAAGAUUUCUGCCCGAUACCUCACCAACAUGGGCUUCUCAAUCGGUAUCAGCGAUGUCUAUCCGUCCAAAGAUCUUACCGCAGCCAAAUCAAGACUAGUGUUGAAGGCUUACGCGCAGAGCGAGGAUCUGAUCCAGCAGUUUCAGAAUGGGACGCUGCAAAAGUCGACAGGAUGCAAUAUGGAAGAAACUCUGGAGAACGUGAUCUCGGGUGUUCUCAGCAAAGUCAGACAAUCUGCCGGUGAGUAUUGCAUAUCGACACUCAGCAAGUGGAAUUCGCCCCUCAUCAUGGCCAAAUCCGGGUCCAAAGGUUCGACCAUCAACGUCGCCCAGAUGGUGGCAGUUGUUGGACAACAGAUUAUCGGAGGCAAGCGUGUCCAGGAUGGUUUCCAGGACCGAACUCUGCCACACUUUCCCAAGAAUGCACGUCAACCUCCCUCGAAAGGUUUCGUCAGAAAUAGUUUUUUCACGGGUCUCAGACCUACUGAAUUCUUGUUUCACGCUAUUUCGGGUCGUGAAGGUCUGGUCGAUACAGCUGUCAAGACCGCCGAGACUGGAUACAUGUCCCGAAGAUUGAUGAAAUCGCUGGAGGAUUUGUCGACCCAGUACGAUGAUACCGUUCGAAACUCGUCUGGUAUUGUUGUUCAGUUCCAAUUUGGCGCCGAUAAGCUGGAUCCUGUUGAUAUGGAAGGCUCUGCCGUACCGGUUCAUUUCCAGCGUACUUGGACACACGCAGAAGCUUUGACAUGGAACAACGAUGAUAGAAGCCUAUUGCCGUAUGAAAUCACCGCGCGAUGCAUUGAUCUGCUGGCGCAGCAAAAAUCAGGUUACGAUAGACAGGAUCUUUUCGGCAAGCCACUGGCUUAUGAUGACGACACCCCAAUCAACACCGACGAAUUUGAAAGCGCUCGUGAAUUCUUGGUUACCAUUACCAAAUUCGUGGAUGGUCUGGCUUCUCGCCUGGCCAAAGCACGACAAAAAGUAGGACUGCACGAUUUUAAGGAUCCGCCAGGAUUAGGCACCCCUCAAGAUGAUUCAAAAGACGACCAGCGAAAGAAAGACUACUUGAACCAAGUUGCCAAGGUCUCACUCCCAACUCUUAAAAUGUUCAUCACAUUAUGCUUAAGCAAAUAUGCCAAAGCACAUGUUGAGCCAGGCCAUGCGGUGGGUGCGGUUGGGGCACAAUCCAUUGGAGAGCCAGGUACACAAAUGACCCUGAAGACUUUCCAUUUUGCUGGUGUCGCAGGUAUGAGUAUCACCCAGGGUGUACCUCGUAUCAAGGAAAUCAUCAACGCCUCAAAAGUUAUCAGUACGCCUGUUAUCAGUUGCCCUCUGGAAAACGAGAGAGAAAUUCAAGUCGCAAGGAUCGUAAAGGCUCGUAUCGAGAAGACUUAUAUUUCAGACGUCAUCCGCUUUAUCGAAGAUAUGUGGUCGGCUAAAGCUGCAACUCUCUGUCUCUCUGUCGACUUGGAUUAUCUCAACGAGAUGCAGUUGGGGAUCACAGUUGAGGAUAUUGCUCAGACCAUAUGCAUGAACAAAAAGCUGAAGAUCCGUGGCACCGAUGUCACUGUAUCUCACGAAUGUAUCUUUGUCAAUGUCACAUCUGAGAGUGGUGGUAAUCUCGGUGCUCGUGGCGCUAAGAACAAGGCGUACGUUGACGAUGGUAGCUCUGACGUUCUCCUUCGCGUCAACUUCCUCAAGCGUACUUUGCCAACCAUCACAAUCUCUGGCUACCCCGACGCAACUCGAGCCAUCGUUCAGGUCUCCGAAGAUGAAACAGUCCAUACUGUCCUUGUCGAGGGUUACGGGCUCCGCGCCUGCAUGACCACGGAAGGAGUUGUCGGCAGAAGAGUCACCAGCAACAGCAUCAUGGAAGUGAACACCGUUCUCGGCAUCGAGGCAGCCCGAUCCACCAUUGCUACGGAAAUUGGUGCUGUCAUGGGCGACAUGGGUAUCGACCCUCGACACAUGCAGCUCCUAGCCGACGUCAUGACCUACAAGGGCGAGGUGCUCGGCAUCACCCGUUUCGGUCUCUCCAAGAUGCGGGACAGUGUGCUGCAACUGGCCUCCUUCGAGAAGACUCCGGAUCACCUGUUUGACGCCGCGGCGGGCAUGAAGACGGAUCUCAUUGAGGGUGUCAGUGAGUGUAUCAUCAUGGGCCAGACGAUGAGCGUUGGCACGGGCGCCUUCCAGGUCGUGAGAAAGCUGGGCCUUCAGCCGGAGGACACCAAGAUGAAGCCGACUCUGUUCGAGGACGAGUGGAAGGAGGAUCUGGCUGAGCGCAAAAAGAUCCGGCUGGAAGCUAAGAAGCAGAAUACUGAGAAUGGAACGGAGUUUUGA